AUGCCGCUGAUUGCCGAAGCCAACGCCUCUCCUCCGUUAUUGGUAGUCUUGUCCGGGCCGUCGGGAGUAGGGAAGGACGCGGUGCUUUCAGAGUUACGAAAGCUGAAUCGCCCCUGGCACUUCGCCGUGACAGCGACCACCCGGCCGAUGCGCCCCGGGGAGCGGGAUGGAGUGGACUACAUUUUCCUCGAGCUCGAUGCCUUCGCCAAGAUGCGGGAGCGCGACGAGUUCCUAGAAUGCGCGGAGGUAUACGGGCGCUGGUACGGAGUUCCGAGGAGCCAGGCACGGGACGCGCUGCGUUCGGGCAAGGAUGUCUUCCUGAAGAUCGACGUGCAGGGAGCGGCGACGAUCAAGUGGAUGGCCCCCGAGGCGUUGCUGAUCUUCCUGAUCCCGCCCUCGCUGGAUGAACUUCAGCAGCGGCUGAGGGGCAGAAUGACGGAGUCGGCGCCGGAACUGGAACGGCGGCUGCGCACGGCAGGGGAGGAACUGGGCUUGGAACUGCGGCCCCGCCUGCCCGAGUGGCUGAAAGUCCAGAUGCCGGGCAGCCCGCGGUACAUCCAGCUCAAGGAACUGAUGCGCAGCCAGGAGCUGCACACGGUCUGCGAGGAAGCACACUGCCCCAACAUUGGGGAGUGCUGGGGACGCGGGACAGCCACCUUCAUGAUUCUUGGGGACAUCUGCACGCGGCGAUGCCACUACUGCGCCGUGACCACUGGGCGGCCCAUUGGCAUAGAUCUUCAGGAGCCGAAACGACUGGCCGAGACGGUCAAGGCGAUGAACCUGCAAUACUGCGUCAUCACCUCGAGUCCACCGUUCGGGUCUUUCCACGAGUACGCCCCAAGGGCAAUUACAACCUCUCGCUGGAGUUGCUGGCCAAGGCCAAGGAACUCGAUCCGGGCCACUGUCACCAAGUCGGGCAUCAUCGUCGGCAUGGGCGAGACAGCCGCUGAGGUGCUGGAAACAAUGCGGGACCUGCGUGGCGUGAACUGCGACUUGCUGACCAUCGGCCAGUAUUUACGCCCAUCGGCCAAGCACAUCCCCAUUGACCGUUUCUACCACCCGACUGAGUUCGAGGAACUGCGUGUUGCUGGGCUGGAGAUGGGAUUCAAACACGUGGCCUCUGGUCCCUUGGUACGCAGCUCUUACCACGCCGACGAGCAGCACGACGCGGCCUUUGUACAGUUGCCCAUCGGCUCCUAG